AAGCGAACCACCACUGAUCGUCAGUAAGUAAACCGAUCGACAUAGUAACGCCAUGCAUAAGAAACUGUUAUGUGCUGCUCUUCUUCAAGGGCUCUUACUCAUAUGUGUAUCUGCCAGUCUAGAUGACUGUCAAGUAGAAGUCACUGUGGUGUCAACGGCUCCUAGCGGCAAAGGUUUACCAGGCAACCCAGCAUUUGAACCUUCAGCCAGCCAGGAAUGUAUCGAAUUUAAUCUUGACGUUCCGUCUAUGAUUAGUGGUGUGAGCGCAAACUCCGCAUCACCUUACGACAUACAGUUUUCGUUUUUGGGUUCAACAUGGAGCGACUUCGGCAGCAAGAACCCCACAGGAAACGGCGGUUUCUCUUUAUCUCUGGAGCUUGCCUCAAGUCUUCGUAUUUGCGCACAAGCAGCAAUCAGUGACGUCAAGUUUACCAAGUGUGCAGGACUUAAAUAAAGACAAUGCCUUUGAGGAUUAAACAACAGAACAGUUACCGCCGCCUUAAACAGUACAGCCUGAGUGACAGGACUAGCCUGUAUCUCGAAGAAUGGCCACGAAGAAACUCUUAUUAGAAGGCUUCCAUAACCCCUGAUUCAAGUUUUAGGCAUAUCAAAUUAUUUACAUAUAUAUUAUAAUUGCAUUCCGUUAGUAAAAGGUUACAACUCUCCAUUUCCCAAUGAACACUUUGCAAGGUCAUUAAAAUACCUGGAACACCAGGUGUUUCAUGAAUUUUUCAACAGAAUCCAAUCUGACAAACCUUAAUUGAUACAUUAAAUGGGAAAUAUGCAAGCAUGCAUGCAUCAAUUUUUUUUCUUUUUUUUAUUAGUCUUAAUUAAAUUGCACAAAAAUUUAUGUUGUAUUGAAAUGUUUAAUAUUUUAAUAACUGAGUGUUCCCAAGUUUUUAUUCUUUGAGUUUUCAUGCGAUUUCAAUUAAAGCUCUCCUGCUAUCACAAUG